AAGAAGAGUAGUGUAGCGGAAGCUCAUCUCCUAAUUCAAGACCCGGUCCCAAAACGCGCACUGCACACAUAGAGAGUGUUGAGUACGCCCUUUAUGAAGUGUGUACUCAACCAAAGUGAACGUAAAUGUUCUAGUUUGCAUUACGAGCAUGUAAAAAUGUGAGAAAUGUGCGAACAUCCGUGUAAACACAUCAAAAACAACAAAACCAACUCGGCUUGCAACUGUGACUGUGCUAAAGAGUCAGCUGAUGUGGUCAGUUUGUGAACCUCACAAGUCUACACUCUUCACUCUGAUUGAGAUAAGCGGGAUGUUUACCGGGACAGGGAAGCAGACGGGCACAUGCAGAUCGGAUUUCUUAUCGGAACAAGUGGUGGCCCCGCACCUGCUGGCCGUGUAACCCCUGCCGGGUCCCUUGUGGAAUGCAUACAUCCAGAAGCAGUAAAAAGACACCUGAGUCUGGAGGAUCCAUUAACUAGUCAAUCAAGCAUGAAGACAAAGGAACACUCCAAGCAAAUCAGAGAAAAAAGUUAUUGAGAAAUCACAAACAGAGUGUCCAUGCAGGCGGACUGGUGAGAGCCUCUGCAUACAACUGUGACCCAGGUUCUUCACCAAUCAAAGCCUCAUGGAAGAGAGGAUAUGAAGACGUCGCUGUUGAAGAAAACUGAUCUCGGUGAUCUGCACCUCACCGGCUUAAUGCUGCAGGAAGCUUGUAAAGGACUGAGGGCUGAGGAAAAGAAGGGAGGAACUACUUCUGCUGGUGGUGGUUUAUAAUUUUUUUUCUCCCUUCGAAGAGGACGACUGUCUCAUGUCCAAGGAGACUGUCCAUCCAUCAGAAGGGCCGGCGGGUCCAGGACAGGGCCCACGGCAAGAGACAAGUCCCCUGCUGUUAGCGUCACACGAUGCUUGUGACAGUGAGUCAUCAGGAAGCGCGCCUUCUCCUAGGAAACAAUCCACUGAAGGACAAAGUCACGUGACGGAGGAGAACCCUAAUUAUUGCAAGCCUGUGAGGACCCAGCCGCGGUCCGAGUCUGAUCUGAAACCAGCGCCUUCUGAGGAGGCAGAGCGACAGACUGCCAAGGACCAAAAUGGCCUUGCCCACAACAGCUCCGGCACGCCCGCAGCGACGAACGCCAACGGAAUCCACACCGGUGUCGGCAGCCCCGAGGGCACGAGGACGUGCACCUGCGGCGUCGGGGCGAGCGUGGCGGGCAGGUCGGGCCCCGGGCACGCGACAGCCACGCCACAGACAGAGCAGCCCAAGAGGCAGCCGUCCACGCCCGUGUCUCACAGGGUGCAGAGGAAGCUGAAGUCCAGCUUGUCGGUCAACAGUGACAGCAGCAGACGGAGCAAAGGCAGCUCCACGAGCUCGCAGAAACCUCCUUUACCAGAGGACUGCUGCGUUCACUGCAUCCUUGCCUGUCUCUUCUGCGAGUUCCUGACGCUCUGCAACAUGGUGGUGGCCCAGGCCUCCUGCGGCGCGUGCACCUCCGAGGCCUGCUGCUGCUGCUGCUGCGCCGACGACAUGGGCGACGACUGCAACUGCCCCUGCGACAUGGACUGCGGCAUCAUGGACGCCUGCUGCGAGUCGUCGGAUUGCCUGGAAAUCUGCAUGGAGUGCUGCGGCAUCUGCUUCCCCACAUAGGUUUGCCGGGGCCUCCGUGGCGUGGAAUAUAAACACGUGCAUCCCAAUAUGUAAAUCAUCAAAAAGUUCAUUUACUUUGAUAAUUCAAAUAAGAACGCAACAGUUGUCAGAUCUUUUACGCAAACACUGAUAUAGUUCAGGCUGCUUUUUGUUAUUGUUUGUGAUUAUAGCUUCGAGCUAACGCAAGCAGAAAAUUUCUGUUUAUUGGAACAUCAGACUUGCAUACGACCACCAAUUUAUAGGCAGCAAUUCCAAUCAUAUAUCACUCUGUUUGUAAUCAGUCUGUAUAUUGAGUUUGAUCUUGAAUUACAGUUAUAAAUGAACUUUUGGAUGAUAUUCUAAUGUAUUAAGAUGCACGUCUAAUGGAACCGCUACCUUUGAGUUCAGCAGAAACAUGGAGGUGUGUGUGAAGGAGUUGGACAGUGGGCUAAACACAGUCAACAGCCCAGCAAAGACUACAAAUAAUUCACAUUUAUGAAUGUGUCAUGCUUUGUAAGUAUGUUAACUAGUACAGAAAAUCAUUAUCAUAGGCUGACUUCAAGUAUUUUUUUGUUACAUUAAGAUUGCCGUUCAGUUACAACUUCUAAUGCCUCUGUUUAGUCUUAUUGGUGAUCUAAAUGCAUUUUGCAGAUUUUUUUUCUGUUUUGUUUAUUUUCUAUGCCAAAAAAAAACUAACCAAAAAAAAACCAUCUUGGAUUGCGAUUUUAGUCCAGUCAACACUGUAAACAAAAAGGGUUUGUGAUGGUGAAUACAUUCCUCAUUUCAUACUGUAGCUUUGUGGAUUUCAUUAAAACAUUAUCUACUGUAUAGCAGAUGAAACUGGUGAAAAUUUUAAGUGUUUCAGGACACUUUUCUGCUACCUUCUGACACAAAACCUAAGGGUGCGAUCUGGAAUAAUUGCAUUUGCAUUUCUAUUUUGAGCGUAUGGGGGGGGGGAAGAAAAAGAAGAUAGUGGAAUGAGCAGCACAAAAUUGUUAAUAAGCUUUGCAAAAAUUGUACAAAGUGCUGGAAUAAUUUUUUUUUUUUCUCUGAAGAAUCUCAUCUCACAUCAGAUUUGCAAACAUUGGAAGAUUGUUUUACUGGAAAAAGAAGCACUUUUUUUAUAAUCAUUAUAGAGUCUGACCAACAGAAUAUUACUCUGUACUGAUAUAUACAUGUUCAGCCUUCGUUUUCCUAUGUUAGCCUAUAACAAACCUGUUUUGUCACUUGCAUAUGGUACAACUCCAUGUGCAAGUGGUGUGUUUGUUUGUGCAAUGCAUUCUGCAUAAAUAUCAAAAAUCACAGAUGACUAGAGUUGCCACUUGAGCAGCUUUUGGUUCUCCAGUCAUUUGAGAAUCAAGUGUCACAAUAAAAUAGUAAACUACUGCAGAGUUGAGCAGUACUCCUCUUAUUUUCUUCUGUGUACCUCAUGACGAGUUUACAGUGAGUCACCAGCCGAGCCACUUCCUGUCUUGGAGAGCCGCUUUGAUGUUGUGUAAGUGAUGACGCUUAACGCCGGCCCUCAUUAGCACUGCUUACUAAACGGUCACAAGAAAUGUCCCUUUUUAACGCCAUCAAAGAUGAUGUGCCGUCGUGCGCUGCUCGUCUUAGCAGCUCAGUGUUAUGAGUACGCCGGGGGUCGGAUGUGCCCCUCUUCGGUGGAUAAUCUGCGGGAAGUAAACCUCGUUUUCAUGUUUGUGACGAGCCCAAGCUGCAAAUGUUUUUCCGGGCUACAGAGUGUCAAGAAAACACGACUUAGAAAAUGUGAAGAGUUCAUGUAAAAUAAGAAACCUGGUGAUAUGGUGAAUUGUUGUAGGACACCUCUGUUAUUUUGAUGCCUUUUGUUUGUGCAUUUCAUCCUUGUGUCAUUUUUUUUUUUUCGUUCAAUAGUUUUGCACAUCCUUUGAUAACAAGGACAUAGUGACAGAAGGGCAUGGCAAUUUAAGUUGGAAGUUGCCUUACACAAACAUCACCAAUGUGACUUACUGUGUUUGUUAUGAGCAAUGAUGCUCAAUUUGAACAUUUUUAACACUAUUUUUUAUUCUACAAAUUUUUGUGACAGGAGAAAAGUAGCAGUUGGAAAUUUAGGCAACUCCAAAGCAUGACAUGUCCACUUCUGUGCAUCACAGGUAAUGGUAUGUUGAUUGAUGUAAAAUGACUUGUCAACUGUGCCAAACACCACCAUUUGGAGUCAUUUGGCUCAUUUGUCUGGGCUUAUUCAACAAAGAAUGCUUUUGCCAAACUGUUCCAGUUCGCUACAGGAACUUUAAAUGUUUUUCAGGCAGAGGGAAAAUCAGCAAUUCUUCUCUAAUAAUGGGCACACAUUUUCCUUAAAACCCAACAAUCACUACGUGCAAGAAAAAUGGCAAAACCCUUCUAUUUUUAGCCCUAAUUGCAGCGCAGGCCUUUUUGUUUCUUUUAUUCUGCAAACUCCAAAACGAGACUGUAGGGUUCUUCCAUUAAGAUACCCCUGCGCUUCAAAUAAAUUAUUUCAGUCAGUGUCUGUAUUAUGCCAAUGUCCUACAUUUGAAAUAAAAACUUUUUUGUUUUUGCUCUUUA